CCCUCCAGGACAGCCAGCAACGUUGGGAGCCUCAGUGUCCCUCAGGCAGGAUGGGCCUCCUACUACUGCUGACCUUCACGCUCUUGUCCAGCUACUUCCAUCCAGGCAGAGUGGUGAACGCACAGCCAACAUUCAUAAUAAAAGACAUCACCCUGUCCAUCGAGCCCAGUAUUAAUGUGACUCGGAACACAAAUGUGACUCUGAGGUGCAAGGCCAUUGUCAGCAGCUUGGGGCAGGAGGUGCUGAGCCGUGAGUACACUAUUUCCAAGGACAGCGUGACAGUCUACACCAAGACCACCAGCACCUCUGAGGAUCUUCUGUACAGUCUGCACGAGGCCAGAGUCUUCAACACUGGCAAAUAUGCAUGCAAGAUAAAAAUCGAAGAUAAAGAGAGGACCAGCAAAGCCAAGAAACUCACAGUAAUAGGCCUGUCAAAACCAGUUCUCUCACUUAACAAGCACGUGGUCAAUGAAGGGGAGGAGCUAAAGGCCAGGUGCACAGCGCCCGGUGAGACGGGCUCCAUUUUCUUCUUCUUCUACGACGACUCCGAAGAGAUCCAAAGGGAGCAGAACAAUUCAAACCAGGCAGAGGUCAUGAUUCGCAUCAGCGGGGGCGACCACAAAAUUCAGUGUGCCUAUAAUGUCCUUAUAACGCCAGACUCCAUCAAGUCUGAGAUGAGCAACACCAUCAUGGUUAGAGUCAAGGAGCUUUCAAUCUCACCAGUUUUGGAGAUUUUCCCUCAGCACACGGUCUAUGAAGGAGACCAACUCAACAUCUUGUGCAACAUCAGCAACCUCAGUCACAGCUCUGACAGUGUCCGCCUCUUCCUGGUCCAGGGGACCAAGCUUCUCAGCAGUGGAGGCACCACUGUCAGCCACAGCAUGGUCGCACUGGCAAAGGACCCUGGGAAGUUUGAGUGCCAAUUAGUGAUUGGAAGUGUAGAGAAAGUCACCACAAAGCAAGUUUUAGUGACUGAGCUGUUUUCAGUGCCCACUCUCACCAUGUCUCCUGCUGAAGUCUUUCAAAAGGAAAAUAUGACCCUAACCUGCAAAAGUGAGAGCUAUGCCUCUGAAAGACUCAGAAUGGAGGAGCUGACUUACACUCUUGAUCCACCCAACAGCCUACUGAGCCCCAGGGAUAUUGGAGUAUUUUCUGGCAAGGCCCUGCAGUAUGAUUUCAACUAUACCUGUGUAGCUCAAGCAAAGGGCAUCACGAAACACAGUGAAACCCUUACUGUACGUCCCAGAGUCUUUCAAAAGGAAAAUAUGACCCUAACCUGCAAAAGUGAGAGCUAUGCCUCUGAAAGACUCAGAAUGGAGGAGCUGACUUACACUCUUGAUCCACCCAACAGCCUACUGAGCCCCAGGGAUAUUGGAGUAUUUUCUGGCAAGGCCCUGCAGUAUGAUUUCAACUAUACCUGUGUAGCUCAAGCAAAGGGCAUCACGAAACACAGUGAAACCCUUACUGUACGUCCCAGAGUGAGGGUGGACAGAGCUACAGUCAGUGUAUGGAGCAAGAGACCACUUGACGCAGCCAAUGACGAGGAGAGCAGCGUGAUAUCCAACGAGCCUGAUGUGGAGUACACUGAGGUGGUGCAUCCCCGGGAAGUAGAUCCUGCCAGAGCCCCGCUGAGAAAAGGCACAGACACAGUGUACAGCGAGCUCCAAAACUCUCCACAUGGUGCCGCUGAACAUCACGACUAUCAGGGUUCAGUAGAGUACGCUGAGCUCAACACUGAACAACAUAAGAUCAGUAACUCCCAUCCAGAGGUCAACAACUGCCAAGCCCUGCCAGUGCCGGUGGAUUAGUGAUUUCCGCCUUCUUUUCUUCACACACCGCUCCUUGUCCCUUCCCACUCCCAUUUCUUAUUCACACCUUUUGGUAAACUCUACCAAGUACGUUGUCAGUUUCCAAUCAGUGAAACAAUUGGCUGUAAAUAUUUGUUUAUCUCAAUAAAGGCAUGUCACAUAUC